AUGCCAAACAAGAUCACAAGGCGAAGCAAGUACAAAGCAGCAAGUUCUAGUGCGAAUUAUGAAAAAAAUCAAGCUGGAUUCUUCACUGGCUUCGGUCAAGAGCAGCUCGACCAAGACCUUGAUCCUCGGCUGAGAGUUGCGUUUAGAAAGAGUUCGAACAAAGAUGCAACAACGCGAAUCAAGGCCUCUGAAGAGAUUCUUGGGAUAUUGGAGGAUAAAGAAAGCGAUUUGUCUGGGACGAUAACUGCGAUGCUGAAAGCUUGGCCUCGCUACUACUCGAAGUCAGUUUCAGAUCCGGAGCCAAGAGUUAGAAGCCAAGCGCACAAUGUCACUUUACGCGUUCUACAACUUUCUGGAAAGCAAUCCGCUCCUUAUUUGAAGUCGAUCAUGCCGCCUCGGAAAUGA